AUGGCGGACGCUUCGCAACAAAAAUCGUCAAAUUCUAUCGCUGUUUCUAGCUCAGUUGCCGCGGCAAAUCCUGUAAUAUCGACGCAAUCUGCUCAACCAACAACAGCUUCAGGGAAUGCGCAGGCCGCUUUGCAACAAGAUACUAAAGUUAGGACCGCAGGGACUUCGUUAGCAGAGUUCUUGUCUCAACUAGAUGAUUAUACUCCGACGAUUCCAGAUGCUGUUACGGCGUAUUAUCUUAACCGAGCUGGAUUUGAUGCAACAGAUAUCCGAGUUGUUAGGUUGAUUUCACUUUCUGCGCAAAAGUUUAUC